UUUUGUCAUUAGAAACACGUGGAUGUGUGAUUCGUCCAAACGUAAAGAGCACACAGAUUGAAAAUAGCAGUAACGUGAAUAACUUGAAUUGGCAGCAGUCGAAACCAGAAAGUUGAGGUCCUUUGACUUUAUCAAACAGAGAAGCAAAAUAAAAAUGGCGGAAGAAUCAGCAGAGAUGAAACAAAUGGGGAAGAUGAUAAUAGCAAUAGAUGAGAGCGAGUGUAGUAGCUACGCGCUUAAGUGGGCGUUGCAAAAUCUUGAUGAUAAGCUCAAAUCUGGUGUUAUUCUUUUUACAGCGGUUUCUAUUGACUACAAGGGCGUCUUUGCUGGCGGUUAUGGCUCUGUUCCUGCUGAACUACUGACAUCAAUCCGGGACAAUCAGAACAAGCUUGCAAAUUGUCUCCUAACGAAAGCCAAAGAAAUCUGUGCACAACAUGGGGUUGAUGCUGAGACCGUUUCUGUGAUGGGCAAUCCGAAAGAGAUGAUAUGUGAUGCUGUGGAGAAGUUUCACUGUAAUUUACUUGUUAUGGGAAGUCAUAGCCGGGGAGCUAUACAAAGGUUCUCCCUUUUUUUCUCUUUCGCGUGCUUCAUUUGUAUUUCAAACUCCAGAAAAACAGUAGGUACUAAAACAUUGGAUAGAGAAAUUCUCGGAUUUGACGAGAAUUGGAGACCUGUGUGUACGCAGCCUCCGCCGCCUAAGGGAAAGUACGACACCAUAUCAACGUACUCCACACGGGCCUCAUCCCGUCGCUCAAUUGCUACUGUUGCAAAGAAUCGUGUUGCCGGCGGUUCUAAAACCAAAUCUUCGUCUGUCUCUAUUCCAAAAACUGUGCAACCGCCCACUAUGCAAUCUAAUCCAACCGGCCGUGGUGGGAAGACUCGAAAGAGGUUGUCACUUACUAGUGGGCGUUCUGACCCCACUAAGAAGUCUAAGGCCGCUGGCGGCGAUGAUGUUUCGGCUGCUGUUGACCAAUACGAAAUCCCUGCUGACGAUGUUUUCAAAAAGACGGCUGAUUCUGCUGUUGCGGUUCACCCGUUUCCGCAGCCGUCCAUUGAGAUUUUGGACGUGGAAGGUGGUGGCGGCGAGAAUGAGGCUCCGUUUCAGCACUGUGCCACGUCGGCCGCAGUGACAGGGGGUAAUUCUAGUAUGCCUCCUGUUAGUCGUAGUGAGAAUCGAUCUGGUGAUUCUCGACUGAAUUAUCAUCUGCCGCUUCGUACCGGCGGUUGGAUUGAGGAUACCCCCUUUAAGAUCCCGGAAGCAAUGAAAUCAUGGUUCGGGUCUUCUGGCGGCGAACCCACCGAUCAGUUCUACCCAAACAUUGAUCUGCUGUGUGGGGAGUUGGUGGCGACCGAUUCUGCUAAGGACGGUGGGGAUUUGGGCUACCGUGCUUUUCGGGAUCUGAUUACUCCUGCUGACAGGCCACAGGGUCAGAUUGACGCCCCUGCUGCUCAGCAUUUCAACGAUUUGUACAAGGCUGUUCAAUCCAGCAUGGAUUUGUAUUAUGUCUAUCGUUGGAACCAGAUGCAGCUGACGCAAAAUAGCAUUGAUAUUGCCGAGCUGAAGAAGCGGGCUGAGGCGGCUGAAUCUGCUUUGAAGAUUAAUGAGAAGAAGUUGGAGAGUGCUUCUUCGGAUUUGGAGGCGGCGAACCGAAGGCUGGAAGAGGUUGAGCCGAAGCUGAAGGCUGAAACUGAGAGGGCAGACGGUCUGACUGAGGAGCUGACUGAUCUUAACCAGAGUUUGCCUGUGGUGAAGAAGACUGCCGCCAAGAGAGCUGUUGAUAAGCUUCUCCAGUCUGACUGGUUUAAUGAUAUUCUUACUCUGCGCCAUAACGGUGGUUGGUGCGCUGCUCAUCGGGUCGUUUGCCAUGUGAAGAAGCUGGAUGAGGAUGGGUGGCAAGAAUUUGAGGAUGGGUAUGAGGAGAAAGAGCUGUACAAGGUUGCUACCGGCUUUGAGCCUCAGGAGCUACCCGAGGCUGUGAUUUGCAAUGCCAAUCAAAGAACCUUGCCCCCCUUGCAAGUUCCAGAAGAUGCCUACUGGUCUGGUGAUGAGCAUGCCGUUUGACGGUCUUGGCAGUCAUCACCCUCCUCUUCUUGCGGAUCCUCUACAUGUUAGGGUUUUUUAGUUUAGGCGGUUGGCUUUUAACUUUUUGCCAGAUGCUGUUAGGGCACUUAUUGUUGAUGUAACAUAUCUUAGAACAUCGUUUUAUUGUAGGGGUGUCGGUUUUUAACCAACAUCUUUUGUGCCUUGUGAUCAGCUAAUCACUUCGCAAGAUUUUUUGGUGAUGGCUGUCGGUUUUUAGUGUUUUUUCUGCUGUAAUCAUGCAUUUAUAACAAGUAGUUUUUGAUUUUAUUAGCAUGAACUCUUGUUUGU